GCACCAUCCGCAUCGCUCGCACCGUCCGCGCGCCUCGGACCGUUAAUUGGGAACGAGGGUCUUGGGGAUGCACGCCGCUUAUCCGGAAGCAAUGCGGCAGGCGGUCCAUGAAUCAGUUCCUCAUGCAUGAACCCAUGCCUGGUGAUGAACUCAGGUGCAGAAGGGCCUCCACACUGGCCUCAAGAUCCUCUGCAAACGAGCCUCGCCGAAGGGGACUACCACUACUACUAUUACGGCUGCGAUGGACAAGAUGACAGAGGCUGGGGGUGUGGAUACCGCACCAUCCAGACUAUGGCUUCCUGGCUGGGAUAUAAUGUGAAACCUCGAAUCGAAAACAAACCUCCACCUAGCAUUCCAGAGAUCCAACAAGCCUUAGUGUCCAUGAUGGACAAACCGAGCUCAUUUCUGGGUUCUAAGGAGUGGAUUGGGACAUUUGAAGCCUCUCUGGUGCUUUCUUAUUUUUAUGAUGUUCCCUGUAGGUUGGUGCAUGUCAGAAGUGGAGGAGAGCUCGAGCAGAUCGCCAUAGAAGAGCUCCAUCAGCACUUUGGCAAACGCGGAUGUCCUGUCAUGAUGGGCGGGGACAGGGACAACUCUUCAAAAGGGGUCUUGGGGGUGUGCACCGGGGGCGCUGGGAGCUACCUGCUGAUCGUGGACCCCCACUACUAUGGAGGUCAGCUGGAGAGGGGAGAGGCACAAAGGCGAGGCUGGGCAGCGUGGAAAAGAUUGGCGUCUUUCAAUCAGUCUUCUUUUUAUAAUCUGUGUUUACCUCAGACUGGCAGAAAACCCACCUGAACUCGUAAAAUGAACAUUGUGUGGGGCUCGUGAUGAAUGAAGUAAACGUAUGUUAUGAAAGUU